GCUCCGCCUCCUUCCAGCCCCCCUUAAGGACUGUACGUGUCCAGCUGUCACAGAGGGUAACUCAGACCAGGCGAAGAAAUCACUUGAUUUAUCCCCACAGCACUUGUUUCCUUUGUGUAUGUAUAACUCUAGCAGUCCUCUCUAAAUACUGGAGGAACUGGAUUUCACAUCAGUGGAAGGCACUGUGCCUUGCCGAAACUGUAAUCUGUUAGAAAUAGUUACUUUGGGGGAUCUUACACUACGAGAGAGGACAGUUUCAAUUUACUCUGAAGUGAAAGAAGAGCUAAAUCUUGUUUUUGCCACAUGAAUUGGCAUCUUUAUAUGUAAGGGAGGUAACAUUGGUAAAUAUUUAUUUCAGGAAUCAUGUCUAGGAAAAUCUUGGAAGUUUACUAGAGUAGUAAAUGUUUUACGUGUCAAGCAGGAUCUGCAUCCACAGGCAGGCUGCUAGUACCAUGUCUGCUAUUCGGAGGAAAGGCAGCAGCCACCCGUUCGCCAGUUUGCACAUGUGUCAACUGGAGCUGCAGGAGGACCGGCAACAGCAAGAAAAAUCUGUCAUUGCUCAACCAACAUUUAUUUUUGAAAAGGGAGAACAAACUUUUAAGAGACCUGCAGAAGAUACCCUGCACGAAGCAGCAGAGCAUGAAUGUAAUGGUUUCUCAAGAAAGCGUGUACGGUCUUCAUCUUUUACUCUUCAUAAUACAGAUGCUGGGUUCCUUGGAGUGUCAACCUUGUCUCAGAAGCGCCUGAGAUCCUCAUCCUUCACUGACCUCCCAACAUUUCCCCCUUCUGGGCCAGGAAAAAAAAAUAUUUUUAUGACAUCAACUCUCACGCAAAGGAAUGCUGACAUGAACAGGGCAGAACAAGGUCCUGUGAAACACUCUGAACAUGUCCUAAGACCUGCUAUUUUGCAGCCACCUCAAGCUCAAAGCUGUGAAAAUGUAAGAAAAACAUUUUGGCACAAUGAAUCAGAAUCCUGCAGGAUCAAAGAAAAAACAAAACAUAAGAUUUCUGAGGGGGACUCAAAUUUAUUAAGUGAAACUUCACCAACUUCCAGAAUUUCAGUUCAACACUGUUUAGGUGCAACAUUAGUAGGAUGUCAACCAAAUGAAGAUAAGUGUUCUAGUAAAAGCUGCAGCUCUGACUUUAUUUUUGGAGAAAACAUGGUAGAAAGAGUUUUGGGCACUCAAAAAGUAACCGAGCCUCAACUUGAAAAUGAUUCAGACGCCAAGGAAAAAACAUUUAAAUCCAUUCUGAAAUUUCCUAUCAACUCUCCAAGUUCAAGAACAGAGUCUAUUAAAAGGACAUCUCUAGUUGAAUCAGCUGCUGCUUUCUCAUCUCAACCAUCAGGAAAAUGCUUGCUAGAGAAAAUUGAUGUUAUAACAGGGGAGGAAGCUGAACACAAUGUGUUAAAGAUCAACUGCAAGCUUUUUAUAUUCAACAAGGCAACACAAUCCUGGAUUGAAAGGGGCAGAGGAACUUUGAGACUGAAUGACACAGCAAGCAGUGACUGUGGGACAUUACAGUCAAGAUUAAUUAUGCGCAAUCAAGGCAGUCUAAGACUGAUCCUCAACAGCAAACUAUGGGCUCAAAUGAAGAUUCAAAGAGCAAACCACAAAAAUUUACGAAUAACAGCUACUGAUUUAGAAGACUAUAGCAUCAAAAUAUUUUUAAUUCAGGCUGGUGCUAAAGAUACAGGAUAUCUUUAUGCAGCAAUACAUCAUCGUAUUGUUGCCCUUCGAAGCUUCAAUAAUAAGCAGAAAGAUGUCAAUCAAACUGAAAGCCAUUCAGAAAGAGUCCUCCAACAGUUGAACUAUGAAAGCUGUGACGAGGAUGAGGACGAUUUCAUCCAAGUCACUAAAAAUGGAUCAGAUCCUUCUAGGUGGACCCACAGCCAGUCAGUUGCCUGUUCAUGAGUACUACCUACUAUAAAUAUGAAGACAUCUACAAAAUGAUUGGUCACCGUGCUGAAAAUUCCAGAUCAUCCUAAUUUAAUGAGAAGAUAGUAUUCAUUCCUUGAAGAAUUUUUAUAGAGAAGUUUAAGCAAUAUAAUUUUUUUGCCAUUUUCUUUUAUGUUUUUUAAUUUGAUUCUUGUGAGAAAAUGUCAGAAUUUAAUAGAUGGACUUCAGUAGUAUAAAAUUUAUCAUUUUUGAAGAAUUUAGAAUAAAAUUUGAUAACUAAUCUGGAUUAUUCAUCACAUUGAUGGAUACACUGCCUAAAAUUAUAAACUGCUGGAUUUGAUAAAUUUCUAAGGUUCUUUUCAGUCAUAUAUUGACUAUAGAAAAAUAUUUUACUACAUUUUAAGUCAUUUCUUUAAAAAGUACUAUAGUUGCAGGAUAACAUUUCAUUAAAUCAUAUUCAUCUUCUGAAAAAUAUAUAUUUUUACUUAACCUUUGGAUUUCCUAGUAAUAUAAACAUGUAUAUUCAAGUAUGGAUCCCUUCACAGAAACUAUCUGUGCUUGGACUUGUAUUCAUUCCAUGUUAUAUAUGUUUGAGUCAUGGUCGAUACACAAUAAUUGUUGAAUGAAUGAAUAAAAUGUAAUGCAUUACCUAUGUAUAAAAGGUCAAUAUACAAAAAUCCAAAUAUGUCAUCUUGUUAUUUAUCUACCUGAUUAAAUUGUCAUUCACAUUCUA